CGCGCCGAGCCCUGCAACUCUUACCGGAGCGGCAGGCCCGGCAGGCCGGCAGCACAGUCGCAAGCCGGCACCGCUACCCGCCUCAUCUCAACAGGCCCGGUCAGCCAAUCAGCGUCGCCCGCUAGGUCCGCCGCCAUGAGUCUGGACGAGAGGUUCAACGCGGCCGCCGACACGGUCAAGUCCCUGACGCAGAGGCCGACCAACGACGAGCUGCUGGAGCUGUACGCCCUCUUCAAGCAGGGCUCCAUCGGCGACAACACCACAGAAAAGCCCGGCCUCCUGGACCUCAAGGGCAAGGCCAAGUGGGAGGCGUGGACGGGCAAGCUGGGGAUGGGCCAGGACGAGGCCAAGGAGGCCUACAUCGCCAAGGUGGACGAGCUGCUCGCCCUGUACCCGCACUCGUAGUUUUGAAGCACGCAAAGCACGCGUAGGCUGGCGUCGUGGCGCAGAGACAAUGCAGCUGCAGAAAAAGGCAUCCAUCCAUCCAUCACCUUUCGGUAGCAGCGCUUGUCUUUUUGUCCGGAUUAACGAUUUAGCUCUCUACCGCUCAAACUGUUCAAAAAUGCGUACCUUGAAUGCUUGUGUUACUGUUUCCUAGUUGUAAAGAAUCCAGAAAUAAAAUUGUCGUUAUUUAAAGCUUUUCAUACA